AUGGCCUGCACGAGCGAUGCGCGGCUGCAGCUGGACCGGGAAGCACUGAAGGCGGCGCCCACGCUACUGGUCCUCGCCGUGCUGCUUGGUGCCGCAUUCGGCUUGGGCCUCGGCCUUUGGCUCGGCUGCCGCUCGGGCCGCUUGCGCAGGCGGCUCCAGGAAUGUGAGCCAUCCUUGAACGGCAACAUCACGGCGUUUGCACUGAAAGCCAGGGUUGUCUACCCCAUCAACCAGAAGUUCCGGCCUCUGGCUGAUGGAUCCUCCCACCCGUCACUGAAUGAAAACCUGACACAGGCUGCAGCCAUCCUGCCCCACCAGCCAACAGAGGCCUCACCAGCCAGCAGCCUGGGCAGCCUGAGCCAGGCUGGCAAGGAGGAUGGCAGCUCUUCCUCCAGCAUGCGCUCAGCCUACAGCGACGACAGGAUCCUCCAAUGUGCCUUCUUCCGGGUGGGCAGCUUCCCUGAGGUUCUGGCCUGUGAGAGUGCGGAUGUUGACCUGUGUGUCUGCAGCCUUCACCUGAAAGAUCUGCUUCAGAUAGACACAGCGCUGAGGCAGGAGAAGCACCUGAUAUUCAUUCAGAUUCUUAAAGCAUGCCUCCUGGACUCGUUUCCUAAAAAGAAGCCUGAUGAUGAAUCAUACCAGAAGAUUCUUUCCAAACAGGAGCAUGAUUUGGAGGAAUUAGAAAAGCGACUUCAGGCCAGAUUGGUGAACACAGAAAUGUUGGGCACUGGUGACUCUGGCUACAUUUCCCUGGCAGAUGUGGAGAGGAGGGAGAGAGAGCUCUCGGAGCAGCUCAUAGACAAUAUGGGAGCUUUCUGGAAGCAGAUGGAAAGUGUCCAGCCCAUUCUCAUGGACCAACUUAAAUGCUCCAGCUCCAAGGCACGGCAGCUCAUGACGACUCUGACAGGAAGAAUGAUUGUCAUUGAAAGGCUGCUGCAUGACUCUCAGGACCUGCAGGCUAUGGAUGCCCUGGAAAGAACAAUGGGUCGGGCCCACAUGGCAAGAAUGGUAGAGUUCCUGAGGACACAGAUCCAGGAGGAGACCAGGUGCCGGCUGGCUGCCAUCUCCCAUGGCCUGGAGCUGCUGACUGUCCAGGGGCAUCUGUCUGGGAGGCAGAAGGAGGAACUUCUGACACAACAGCACAAGGCCUUCUGGGAGGAGGCAGAGUGCUUUGGCAGGGAAUUCAUGCAGCGGGGCAAAGACCUGGUCCAGACGUCUCUGGCUCGCCAAGCAGAGGCGAGGGUAGAACUCACACAGGCCCAAGAAGAAGAGCAGAGAAGCUUCCUGGCUGAUUCCCAGCUGACCUCAGACCCAGGGGAGUUCCUCAAGGCUUUUCAUGAGAUUCUGGAGAGGCAGCGGCUGAUGCGGAUUGACCAGGAGGAGGAGGAAGACAUCAGGAUCACUGAGUCCAUGGCUGCACUCUGCCAGGAGCUCUACUGUGGCACCAUGGAAACCUUCCAAAAGUUUGUGGACACCCUGUUCCUGAAGACCCUCCCAGAAGUGAGCAGUCUCCCUGUGGCAGAAUGUGAGGCCCUGAAACAACAGGUCCAGGAGCAGGCAGCAAGACAGCUGGGACAGGCAGACCGAUUUCGCAGACGACAGUGGGGACUCUUGUGUGACCUCUUGGAGCAGGACAGGAGAGUGUGGCUGGAGGAGUGUGCACUGUCCACAGUGCUGCAGAGGCAGCUGCGAGAUCAUCACGAGAGCGCCAUCCACCGGGUCCUGAGCAGGUUCAGUGGCCUCUCUGAAGAGUCCUCACGAGGUAUCCUGCAGGGCCACGAGCUGCUACUGUGCUCUGCUCUGCGCAGACUGGCCCUCCGAGGCACUACCAUCACUGCCCUGGCUCACAUGAGGCUGUCCGGGAAGAAGAGGCUCCUGCAGGAGCUGCGUGAGCAGCUGGCUCUAGAGCAGGGUGCAUCCCCAUGCCUGGAAGAGCAUCAAUGGCAGCUGCUCAGAGCCCUGGAGGUACGAAUCCUGGAGGAGGCAGCCAGACUGGAGGAUGAGGCACAGCAGACCAGCCUGCGGCUCCAGCAGCAGCUGCUGGCAGAGGCACAGGAGGCAGGGCAGCUGCUACAGCUGCACUCGGAGAGAGCCAUCGGGCAGGCACUGCUGGUGCAAGCACGGAAUGUGGCCAGCAAGGGCAGGACCAGGGACAAGGAAGACUUCAAGAGGACGCUGGUGGAGACGCUGGUGGAGAGUGUGUACGUGACCAACACGAGUGUUAGCCGUCUUGUGCAGGCGUAUUACCAGGGCAUCGGGAAGCUCCUGCAGGCCCAUGAGGAACAGCUGCUGCAGUGCCUGAAGAACCUGCAGGGUGAGAGAAUCAAUGCUUACAAGCUGUGGAAGAAGCAAGAAUUCAGCGACCUGCCUUCGGGGAGCCAAACAGCAGAUAGUCCCCAUGGAGCUUCCCAAGCAGUGCAGCAAAGGAUGCUGUCACAGCAGAAGAAGCUCCUGGACCAGUUCACGAAGCACCAGCAGGGCCGCCUGAACUCUCAGAGGCAGAAGGCACAAGAGCUAGAUCAGUUGGAAGCCCAGCUUGAAACCCAGCUGCAGGAAGCUGAGCAGACCUUUAUCUCGGAGCUAGCGACAUUGGCCCGAGUGCCCCUUACUGAAAACAAGCCAUUCUCCAACAAGCGUGGACUGCCAGAGAAGCCAGUAAGGACCAAAAGGAAGAAGCCACCACUUCAAGAGAAAGAGGACCUGGGGCUUCCCAAUGAUGACCACCCUGCCUUGGUGGACCACACCACAGGACCACUCAGAAGCAGAAGGCUGGGUCAGCAGGACAGCGGAGCUGGAGAUGGAGAAAACCCAAGGAAGAUGCUGCAGAAAAGAAGUAACCUGUAGUCGGACCCCUGCUGAGAUGAACCUGCCAUGCACCUCACUUCCUCUGUGUGAUUUGGGGGAGCUGAAGAGA